ACAAUCAUAACCAAAACCCAUUUGAGAGUAAACACUUGGGAUUGGAACAAUGGGGUCUUUUGUGGCCUCUGCUUCCAUCACAUUGGCAUUUGCCAUUAUCUUCUUGAGCCUCCCAUCUGAAAUCUCAGGAAACCACUACUCCUACACCUCUCCUCCACCACCCAAGAAGCCCUACCACUACCCCUCUCCUCCACCACCUCAUUACCACUACUCAUCUCCACCACCACCACCAAAGAAGCCCUACAAGUACCCAUCACCACCACCCCCAGUUCACAAACACCCCUACCCUCACCCUCACCCAGUCUACCACUCCCCACCCCCACCCCCUCCCAAGAAGCCCUACCACUACCCAUCUCCCCCACCACCUGUCCACAAACACCCCUACCCACACCCAGUUUACCACUCCCCACCACCACCACCCAAGAAGCCCUACAAAUACCCAUCUCCCCCACCACCAGUCCACCACCAUUACCCUCACCCACACCCAGUCUACCACUCUCCACCACCACCUCCCAAGAAGCCCUACAAGUACCCAUCUCCUCCACCUCCAGUGCACAAACACCCCUACCCACACCCUCACCCAGUGUACCACUCACCACCCCCUCCACAUAAGAAGCCAUAUAAGUACCCAUCUCCUCCACCACCAGUUCACACCUAUCCUCCCCAUGUUCCCCACCCAGUUUACCACUCUCCUCCUCCACCACCCUACAAGAAGCCUUACAAGUACAAGUCUCCUCCUCCUCCAGUUCACUCUCCACCUCCUCCUAAGUACUACUACAAGUCACCCCCUCCACCUUACCACUUCUAGAUUAUGCUUUCGCAUCACCCCACAUGGAUCUAAACAGAAAGUGUGAAAAUGGAAGCCAUGGACGAGAAGGUGCACUUUGCAGUAUAAGUGCUUCGAUUAUUGUUUAGUUAAUAGUUAUUGUGCUUGUUUUUUAUUUAUUUCUAUAUUAGACAGUUGUAAGGCACUGUGUUCUACAUGUGUCUGCAGAUGUCUGCAUGCAUUGUAAUUUUCAAGGUCUGCUUUAUCAAGCUGACAAGUCAAAUAAGUUAUUCUCUCUAUCACAGUGGGAAUAGAUUUGCCCUUGUAUCUCAGCCUUUUUAUAAUCGUCGUAAUAAUAACUUACUUUUUCAGUGUUAA